GCCGGUGACCACGUCGAUGCGGCGCGCGGCGCCCUGGCCGGGAACGCGCUCCACUUCGUUCUGCAGAGGAGGUUCAGGGUUCUGAGAUACGAUCUGGGCACGCGCCACAUGUCCGUGCUCCACCUGCCCCCGGCGUCCCAUAACCAGCGCAUCGUGCUCACCACGACGGAGGACGGCGGCCGUCUUGGGUUCGCGAGGAUGGAAGAAGGCUACAGGCUCUGCCUCUGGGACAUGGUGGGAACGACGACGGGAUGGACCAAGGGCAGAGUGAUCGAGCUUAAGGCACUGCUCCCCGUCAUCGAUUUGCUCGGGUUUGCCCAUGGCCUUGGCGUCAUCUUGGUGGGCACGGUCGACGGCUUCUUCUCCGUUGAUCAACAGACUGGUCGGAUCAACAAGGUCGGAGACGGCCCUGGCUUCUACAAUCUUGUUCCAUAUGUCAGCUUCUGCACUCCAGCACUGGAAAGGGCAUCUAAAAACGAAGAACCAACCACGAAUGCAUGAACAGUAGUGCAUGGUCCCUCCAAAAUCAAGAGGGAGGGGAAGCUACCGUUGGCUUGUGGUAGGAUCACCCUUGGCCCUCGGGGUAUCUGCGAUUUGGCUGCCGGUUUGCUGUGCUGGAGGCCUUGACGCUGUAGUCAACGGUGUGAUUGGCUAGGAGAGACAAUUGUGUGACAGUGCAAACUUAUUCUAGGUUUUUGUUUUGGCUGAUCUUGAUAUGAUAACAUCACGUGCUGACUAUAAAGUCAUGAAGAAUAUUUCGUGGAAUGGUUCUGCAAUAGAUUGGUUGAUCUGUGGAAUA